AUGGCUCAUCACACGAACCGAACUCCGCACGACCAAGGCCACUACUCGAUGCCAUACGGCUCCCAGACAGCUCAGUAUGCUGUCGCCCAGUCACCCGGCAUGGCCCAGACUUUCAAGGCUCUGCAGGAUGCCGGCUACGGUCAAGGAGCUUCAGCACCUGCUCCUCAGCAGAACAUGCGUCCCACUUUUGAAAAGCCCACCAUAUAUACCGUCUAUGAAAUGGAAGUGAACAACAUUGCUUGCAUGCGACGACGUUCCGACGGCUGGCUCAAUGCCACUCAGAUCCUCAAGGUUGCUGGUGUCGACAAGGGAAAGCGCACAAAAGUUCUGGAGAAGGAAAUUCUACCUGGCGAGCACGAGAAGGUCCAAGGUGGAUACGGCAAAUACCAAGGCACCUGGAUCAACUACCGCAGAGGUCGCGAGUUCUGCCGUCAGUACGGUGUCGAGGAUCUGCUUCUCCCCUUACUGGAACACGACCUUGAUGGGUCUGGCGCUGGUCAGACUACCGAGACGCCGACCAAGGAACAAGCCAUGGCCGCCAACCGAAAAAGAUUCUACGCCGCAGGUGCUCAAGAUAGAAAUGGAUCCGCUACUUCAAACACCUUCUUCCAAAACAUUUCUUCCAUGUCUUCUGUCGCUCUCGCUGCCCUGAACAAGGCUGCCCGCCUCAAUUCGCCAGCGCGCCCGAGUCACAUGAGACGAUCUUCCCAACAACAACAACAAAACACUUCUCACAGCAUCAUGGCUGACGCAAGCUACCAAGUUCCCGACUCUGGCUACAACACACAGAGCGCUGCAUGGAGAACCGCACCCGGUGGUCAAGAGCCCCCGAGAAAGCGUAUGAGACCCAACGAUGAUAUCCCUGUCGACGCUUCGAUAAUGUCACUCGAUCCAACAGAGCCUGGUGAAUCCUUCCUCCAGAGUACCCAGCAGUAUCUCGAAGAAAACGUCAACGGUUCAGAUGAACCCGUCACACUUCCUCCAUUACCAGUGCCCAUGGGCAUCGACGAAGAAAACAAACGCCUGUUACUCCUUGACCUAUUCGCCGAAUCAUCAAGACAAGACUUCGCUUCACAUCCGGCCCUCCUGUCUCUAUCACCGCAGGACUUGGACAUACCUCUGGACCCUUCGGCAAACACUGCUCUACAUUGGGCUGCAACGCUAUCGAGAGUACCAUUACUACGACUGUUGAUUCAGAAGGGUGCCAACAUAUUCAGGGGCAAUGCUGCAGGACAGAGUGCCCUGAUCUCCGCUGUCCUGGUUAACAACUGUUGCGAGCAUUCCUCUUUCCCCGACGUUUUGGAGCUUCUAAGUCCUCUGAUCGAGGUCAGAGAUGCUCAGGCGCGUACCAUUCUCCAUCACAUUGCUGUGUCUUGUGGCAUCAAAGGCAGAGCUCCUAGCAGCAAGUACUAUUUAGAGGCUUUGUUGGAGUUCUUGGUCCGCAGUGUAUCAAAGCCUGCACCGGUCGAGAAUGGCUCUGCAACUCCCGGACAGGCAGGCAAAGAGCGCAUGAAUCUGAUGCGCUUCCUCACGCAUAUAGUCAAUGCACGAGACAAGGCGGGCAAUACUGCGCUGAAUCUCGCCGCCAGAAUUGGCAACAGAGGUAUUAUCCAGCAGCUCCUCGAAGUCAAGGCCGACCCAACCAUUCCCAAUCAGAAAGGCAUAACAGCCCGCGAUUUUGGUGUGGGCGUCGAAGACGAGAACGGACAAGCAAACGCAGGAUUCAACAAUGCAUCAAACAUUGAUCCGAUAUUCUCACAAGCACCCAACCGUGCGCCAUCUCAGAACGCAACCACGGAAGGCGCGAACGAGAAAGAGCCGACACCUGUCUCCAACACAAACGUCAUCGAAGAACAAAACCAGGAUGUCAUUUCUUCACUCACGAGUAUGCUCACUGCGAAUCUCGCUCAGCACAAACAACUACUUGCCGAGAAGACUACUCAGAUUGACAAGCUCAAUGCUCAAAUACAAGAGUUGUCAGCAGUAGCAAAGACAGAGAGUGAUCAACUAGCAACUCUUCAGCGCCGUGCCAAAUCUCGUAGUGAAGCUCAACUCAAGAUCGCGAACUUGAAGCGCAUCCUUGAGGAACGUCACCGCAAUGGCAGAAAGGUAACAAAGACAAACACCGUAGUAGGUGAUGCAGACAGCUCUGUCUCCUCCGUGCUUGCAAUCGUGGACAAUCUGCCAUCCGAAGCUUCAGAUCCAGCACUGGCAGUGCAAAAACUGGCUCCGCCACUUCAGCAACAAGUUCUCAGCAACACACCCUCAAUUGCCGAGCUACGCACUCUCAAGAAACUCUACGAGACAAACAACGACCGUCUACACCAAAAAUCCACGCAGCUAAAAUCACGCUCUUCACAGCUCGAACAUCUGUACCGCAAAGUUGUAUCUUUGUGUACCGGUGUCGCUGAAGACAAGGUCGAGGAUCAACUAGGUGCGCUUCUGGCGGCCGUCGAGUCAGAGAAGGGAGCACUCGGAAGGGAAGAAGCAGGCAGAGUCAGGGAGUUUUUGAUCAAGGUCGAAGGCGUUGGUGGUGGCAGCGAGGUCGUUGCCGUGUAA